AGCUCAUCAUCGUCCACCGUCCUUGUAGAUGGGGUCAAAGCCAUUUGCUUUAAGGAGCCCGCAGGCAAACCCGGAUCCCGCGAUCAGUUUUCGGUCAGCUCAUGCUACACGUGGUUGUGGACUUCUGAUACACAUGGCAAUGCAGUCCUGCGAGGGGGAAGCAGUCACAGCGGCGGCGCCCGAGCAGAUUGAUCAAGUCGGCGAAGUGGUGGCAGCCGCAGCGGCGGCGUCGGAACCCGACGCCACGAGCGAAGCGCGUGUGGUGGAGACGCCACAAGAAGAAGCAGAAGACCCCGAGCCGGCGCACCGCGGUAGCAAGAGCCGGACCCCGGCCCCAGCACCAGCGUCGCCAUCCACGGUCAAGGAGCGGCAGAUCCCGGUGGACCCGGCGUCGCUGCGCCGUCUGGGCAUGGUGGCCGAUGAGGACUGGCCACUUUCCGCGCCUUCCGUGCUCACGGAGGUGGUGGUGCAGUUCCCGAUCCUGCCUCCUCUCCGUCGUCCCACGUUCGUUGGCGCCAGCCUGCCGUGCUCAGCGGCCUCCUCCCCCGUGCACGGCGCUCGUCCAGGUGCUGGCGCCAAGUUGGAGGAGCAGCCUGCUGCCCACAGUCCGACGUCUGCGCUACGCUCCCUCGCCCGCCAGCACUCCGCCGCGCUCGCCCGGCUCGUCGCCGCGCCGUCCACGCUGUCAAGGUCCGCGUCCCGCGCCGAGGGCAGGACCAUGGCGCCGCACGACGACGAGGAGCCGGUCCAGCUCCAGCCCAAGACGAUCGCCGCGGAGGACGGCUUCACGUGCGGCGCGCUGUGCAUGCUCUUCCCCGGCUUCUCCAAGAGGAGGCCCGCCUUCUCCGGCACAACCGCUGGCACGGCCGUGUCGUCCAGCAUGCAGAGGCAGCAGUCGGGCUUGAGGCCUCGUCGUCGCUGCAGCGCGUCGCGGGUGGCGUCGCUGGAGAGGUUCGAGUGCGGGUCGUGGAGCCCUCCUCUUCCGCCGCCGCAUGUGGCCGCGCAGCACGACGCCGUCGACUGCCACGCGACGGAGGUGGCCAAGACCAGCUGCGCGGAUGACGACGCGGAGGCGCCGGUCAAGAUGGCGUUCGUGUUCGACGGCGAACCACCCGCGGCGAAGAAGGGGAUACUGAAGAACUCGGCAUCGUCGCGGCUCGACUCGGCCAGGGCGUCGACGUCUUCGCAGAGGCACGUGAGGUUCUCGACGGUGGCGGCGGCGGAUGCGUCGUCGUCGUCGUCGUGCCCAUCAUCGCCGUGCAUCACGCCGCGUCUGGCGAGGGCCAGGGCGGAGUUCCACGCGUUUUUGGAGGCGCAGAGCGCUUAGAGCCAGUUGCUGUGCGCACUGAUAUUCUCCUGCGUGGCAACGUUGGCUCUUGGCUGCGGGCCUGCUGCCAUAGACCGGGAACAUUUUUCACCUUUCAUCCAUUGCCAUUGUUUUCCCUGCUUGGGGUUGGGUCUGAGUCGAAUUUAUUUUCCCUAUCGCGGAGACCGAGGGAUUCAUAUAUGUAGAGCUAAAUGCAUAUAGCUCAGCCAGGCUUCGUAGAUGCAACAUGCAAAUUAUUGGUUGCCUGAAUCGAUCGUUAGGCCUGGCCCAUACAGAUCCGUAGAAACGAUAAUAGAAACAUCUCAGGUGGCGUUUGGUUGAGCGCUGGUAAUGGUAAUGUUAAUGUAAAUAAAUAUAUUGAUAUCUGUUACCAUGUGAAUAAAAAGUGCUAAUUAUUUGGAUA